AUGAAAUGGAACGCAGGCGUGUCUGGAGACGGGUUUUGGGCCCGGGACAUGACGUUCGAGAACACAGCCGGCCCACAGAAGCACCAGGCCGUAGCGAUGCGGGCCAACUCGGACCGCGCUCUGUUCUAUCGCUGCAGCUUCAAAGGCUACCAGGACACACUCUUCCUCCACUCCCUCCGUCAAUUCUACCGUGACUGCCGUAUCUACGGCACCAUCGAUUUCAUCUUUGGCGAUGCCUCCGCCGUCCUCCAGAACUGCGACAUCUACAUCAGGAACCCGAUGCGACAUCAGGCCAACCACGUGACCGCGCAGGGUCGGGAGGACCCGAAUCAGAACACCGGCUUCUCCAUCCACGGCUGUCGGGUACGACCCGCACCGGAUCUCGACAGGGCUUUCACCCCCCGGACUUAUCUGGGGCGGCCGUGGAAGGAGUACUCGAGAACGGUGGUUUGGCAGACGGAUUUAGACGGCAUCGUUCACCCAAAGGGCUGGAAUGAGUGGCGGGGCAGCUUUGCGCUUUCCACGCUCUACUACGCCGAGUAUAGGAACACAGGAUCCGGUGCAGCGACCCAGGGGAGGGUGCGGUGGCCUGGAUUUCAUCUGCUCACUACACCUCAACAGGUCGGGGAAUUCACGGUGAGUCGAUUUAUACAAGGGGAUGCCUGGAUUUCAGUAUCCGGUGUGCCUUUCUGGCUCGAUGUUUGA